AUGGACUUCUACGGUACGGCAGUGACAGCCAUCACCCAAGUCUACCAAGUCACCAUCUUCAUCAAAGGCGUCAUCUCCGACAUCAAAGCCUUCGACGACGACCGGGUCGAGAUCCAGCUGAAGCUCAAUGUCCAACUCUCGACCUUGCUCUUCUUCAAACGCACCUUCUUCGACCCCGAGCAUGGCCUCCUGCUCCCGGGAAAGGUGGACCCUUUCAUCGCCGACACGGUCCAAGGGCUCCUGGUGCAGAUGCGAAAGACCCUUGCCGAGUACGAGCUCGUGGCGGCAAAGUACGGUCUCGUGGACGAGGAUCUCGCCAUUGAGCCUGAGAAGCCCGCCAAAGCGCAGGAGUCGCUGCUGGAGCGCGCAAAGAGCAAGGCCCGAUCGCUCAAACUCAAGGGCUACGACUGGUCGCUCUUUGACAGGAAGAAGCUGAACCGCAUCCUGGAGGAGUAUACAAAGUGGUCCGGGGACCUGCGCAAUCUCAUGCAGCACAUGUCGCAGGAUACGUUGGCCAGGAUGGCGGAGAGCGAUCAGCAUGGAUUGAAGAGCAGUGGUUUGGAGCCGGUGAUGAAGCGCCGGACGCUGGCCGCGGCCAAGGCGCCGGCCGACUUCCGCAGCUUACCUGGCACAAUUACCGAAGAAGGCAAGACGACGGGGGGUUUCCGACUGGGGAAGUGGUCGGCGUUGGAAUCUGAAGCGAUGACCGUGAUCGUCGAGUACCACGAGUACGAGAGCAUGGUCAAACGCGACGACCUGGAGCCGGACGAGAUCGAAGAAAUGAAAGAACCCAUCCGCAAUCUCGCCUGGCUGCUGCAGAACACGACCUUCACCGGCACCUCGUCCAACUCUCUCGACCAGCCAAAGAUCUACGCCCUCAAAUGCCUUGGCUUCAUCGACCAACCCAUCGAAGAGCGCAGCGUCUUCCUCUACAAACUGCCCCCCGCCGAACCCACCACAGGCGCAACCCUCACAACCCUCCACGCCUUCAUCAACGCCGUCGACAGCCAAAUAAAACGCCCACUGAAAAAACCCUCCCUCAACGACCGCUUCAGCGUGGCGCACAGCCUCGCCCUGACCGUCUCCAACCUGCACGCCUCAGCCUGGCUCCACAAGAACAUCUGGAGCAGAGGCAUCCUCCUCUUCCUCGAGACACCCACCGGAACCCGCGCAUCCGGCCUCUACGCGCACCGCCUUACUCCGUCUCCAGACAACAACACCAAAAUCGUCUCCUACCUCAGCGACUGGGGCUACGCGCGCUCAGUACAGCAAGGCACAGACAUGCGCUUCGACUUCGAGGUCGAGCCGAACCUCUACCGGCAUCCGAGCCGGCAGGGCCGGCCGACGCAGCAGUUCAGCCGCGAGCAUGAUAUCUAUGCGCUUGGGGUGGUACUCCUUGAGAUCGGGCUGUGGGUGACGCUGUCGCGGCUGGUGGAGGGGAAGAUCCGGGAGGCGGAGACGAGCGGGCGGCUGCCGAGGGCGAAGAAGGUGCUUGAGGAUCUGGUUGCGCUGGCGCAGCAGGGAUUGCCGAAGGAGAUGGGGGUUGGGUAUACGAGGGCUGUGCUGGCUUGUCUGAGGGGAGAGUUUAGGGGGAACGAAGGGCCGGCGUUGGCGGUGGAUUUUCAGGAGAAGGUCGUGGAUGUUCUUGCGGGGGGGAUUGAGGUAUAG